CCUCCCUCCCUGUUCUUCCUUUUGCUCCUUGCUGUCGGGCACUUGGCCGUAGAGUUGGAAGGGGCCAGAAGACCAUCAGGACCACCCCGCUUCCUUUGCAGGGCAGUAAGUUACACCAUCUCAUUCAGAUGACUGUCCAGACGCUUUUUGAAUGUCCCUAGCAAGACAGCCCACAACUUGCCCAGGAAGUCAAAACACUUCUUCCUGAAUUCUUCGGGCCAGCAUGUUAAGUGACAGGAAGAUGGGUGCAAGGUUUGGAGAACAUGCAGUGGGGUGUGUGCACAGCAGUGCAAAAAGCAGUCCUGGCUCAGAGCUGGCGAUCAGUGGGAUCAAACAAGAGAAACAUCACAACUAUUCAAGGAGAGCAAGCAGUGUCCAGAUGUGGCAGAAAGUGCUGGAAAACAGGAUGGGACCAAUGAGCAAGAGGAAAAGCAAAGAAAUAAAGAGAGGAUUGAAUCAGAGAAGAACACCGACACCCAUGCAAUGAUGGUACGAGACAAUACGCCCAGAGAAAAGAAACACUCUGGGCACGAAAAAAUGUUUGCACGUAAGUCUACCCUUGAUGACCAUAGUUCAACACAUAAAGCGAACAAGCGAUACAAAUGCCUUGAGUGUGGAAAGGGUUUCACGCGGAGUACAGAACUUCUCAACCACCACAGAACACACACUGGGGAGAAACCAUUUAGUUGUCUGCAGUGUGGGAAAUCCUUUAGUCAGAAGACAUCACUUACCACCCAUCAAAGAAUACACUCAGGGGAGAAACCAUUUAAAUGCUUGGAGUGUGGAAGGAGAUUCUGCCAGAGUGGAGCCCUUCAUGCACAUCAGAGAACUCACACCGAGGAGAAACCAUUUAAAUGCCUGGACUGUAGUAAGACCUUCAGACACAAAAGCAAGCUGAUUAUACAUCAGAGAACACACACAGGGGAGAAACCAUUUGAAUGUUUGCAGUGUGGGAAGAGCUUCACUCAGAAAAGCAGCCUUACUAGUCAUCAGAUAAUUCAUACAGAAGACAACCCAUUUAAAUGUCUAGAAUGUGGAAAGGGCUUCAGCCGGGAGGACAUUCUUGCUUCACAUCAGAGACUUCACACAGGAGAGAAGCCAUUUGAAUGUUUGCAGUGUGGAAAGAGCUUCCGUCUCAAGACAAGCCUAACUCGCCAUCAGAUAAUUCACACAGAAGACAAUCCAUUUAAAUGCCCACACUGUGGAAAGAGCUUCAGCCAGAAGCAUCACCUUGCUUCACAUCAAAGAAUGCACACAGGAGAAAAACCAUUUGAAUGUCUGCAGUGUGGAAAGAGUUUUGCUCGGAAAAUAAGCCUUACUACUCAUCAGAUCAUUCACGCAACAGACAACCCAUUUAAAUGCCUAGAGUGUGGAAAAAGCUUCAGCAGGGAGCCUGCCCUGGUGUCACAUCAGAUAACACACACAGGAAAGAAACCAUUUCAGUGUCUGCAGUGUGGAAGAAGCUUCAUUCACAGACAUAACCUGAUGAGCCAUCAGAUAAUCCAUACAGAAGACAACCCGUUUAAAUGCCUGGAGUGCGGAAUGAGCUUCAUCCGGAAGCAUCACCUUAUUUCACAUCAGAGAAUUCACACAGGAGAAAAACCUUUUGAAUGUCUGCUAUGCGGAAAGACCUUCAUACACAGGCAAAGUCUUUCCAGUCACCAGUUAAUUCACACAGAAGAGAAACCAUUCAAAUGUUUGGAGUGUGGAAAGAGCUUCAGCCUGAAGCAUCAGCUUGCUUCACAUCAAAGAAUUCAUAUAGAAGAGAAGUCUUUUAAAUGUCUGCAGUGUGGAAAGACCUUCAGUGACAGCCGUGCUCUGAGAACUCAUAAAAUAGUUCACAUUGGGGAAGAGCUGUAUAGAUGCCUAGAGUGUGGCAAGAACUUCAAGCAGAAAUCUUCCUUUAAUUUCCAUCAAAGAACUCAUACAGGGGAGAAACCCUAUCAAUGCCUGGUGUGCGGAAAGAGUUUCUACCAGAGCGGUGCCCUUAAUCGUCAUCAAAGAACACACACAGGGGAGAAACCAUUCAAAUGCUCAGUGUGUGGAAAGAGAUUCUAUCAGAGAAGUGUCCUUAAUUGCCACCAAAGGACUCACACAGGUGAGAAGCCCUAUCAGUGCUUGGUGUGUGGAAAGCGAUUCUACCAGAGUGGUAUCCUUCAUCGUCAUCGGAGAACUCACACAGGUGAGAAACCAUUUAAAUGCUCGGACUGUGGAAAGAGUUUCAGUUGGAAGGCAUGCCUUUCUUUACAUCAAAAAACUCACACACGAGAGAAACCAUACAAGUGUUUGGAGUGUGGAAAGAGCUUUAGCGUAAGAGCAUCUCUUAAGUUACAUCAAACCACUCACACAGCAGAAAAGCCAUUCAAAUGCUCUGAGUGUGGAAAGAAUUUCAGUCGGAAGGCAUAUCUUGCUUUGCAUCAGAUAACCCACAGAGGGGAGAAACCAUACAAGUGCAUGGAGUGUGGGAAGAGCUUCAGCCGAAGACAGUAUCUUAAACUUCAUAAAAGAAUUCACACAGCAGAGAAACCCUAUAAGUGCUUGGUGUGUGGGAAGAGCUUCAGGCGGAAAUCGUACUUUUCCUUACAUCAAGGAAUUCACACAGGAAACAAGCCAUUUAAAUGCUUGGAGUGCGGGAAGAGCUUCAACCGAAGGGAAUACCUUGCUUCACAUCAAAAAAUUCACAGAGAGACCUCUUCGGAAGAGGAGGAGUCCGACUCCUCCGAAGAAUCGUCUUCUAAAGAGGAUGCGGCCCAACCUGAGGGAUCCUUAGACAGUGAUGCCUUAUCUGGGGUGCCCAGCAAAGCGUCGGACCCCUUGCUGGGUCCUGACUCCCGUUCCACCAACGGCUCCGGAGAGCAGCAGUGGCAGUGCAUCAGGUGGGACACUCAGAGCCACGACGGGGAAGCCCACCUGGUUCCCCGAAUACCCUUUCGCCCAGAGCACACGCAUGAGUAAGGCCCUCUCAUUCCAGCUCAGGAUUUCAUGGCCUCCAUGAGCCAACCUGCAAGUGCGCCAGCACUCAAGGCCGGGCACACUCUCGCCCGGUGGUUUUCAGCUGGUCAGGGGGUGGUGAUCUGAAGGUGGGGGACUUGGAUUUACUCCCAUUGGUCAGAUCAAUGCCUAUUGAAGUUCAGGAAGACAGGGGCUAUUCCCCCCCCCCCACCCAUGGGGCUAGGGGACCUCAUAAGAUGCCUGCCCCUGUUUAGGGGUGUUCACAGCAGAUAUGGCCACAGCAUCUGAGUAGCAUCUCUGCACUAGAGCUUUUAGGAUUUUAUGGUGUGUCCAAGAGCUGAGAGUGAUGAGACAAAGUGGGAAACGGAGCAGAUGGAGAAAAAUGUCUGAGUAUAUGCAGUGGAACUCUGGUAUGUGCCUAUAAUCAAGUACCUGUAAGGGCAGAGAGGGCAGCAAAGAACAUCUCAUUACCUGCAUUCCAUUCCCGUGUGCUGCUAGCAGAGCUUUUUAGAGUUCUUCAGGGCCACGUUAAGAAUGCUAACUUCUGCAAAGGGAUUCAGUGGCAUUUCAUGUCAUACAGAGGACUUUUAUGUCAGUCCAUAUGUAUUGCAAUCAAUCUUUUAUUUCCUCAAAUGCUUCUAAAUUCUAUUUUUAAAUUUUGUAUCUUAGAAUUUUAUGCUGUAUUUUUAGUGAAUUAUUGUGAAUCAUCCCGAGAACUCCUGCUAUUAGGUGGAAUAAAAAGGAAAAUAAACAUGGGCAAUCAGCUGUAAACUGGCAUGGAGGUGGAAUCAGCUGCGACUGUGCAUCUGUGUCAGGCAGAUAUCCUCGGCCUUCCUCACACCUUGCCUUGGUUAGCAACUCCCUCAGAGUCCUUGGCCUCCAUCUGGGGCUCAGAACCAGAGAUACGACUGAAGUGGCUGAAGAUUAAGAAGAGCUGAGAGCAGGGCCCACGUCAGAGAAACCUCACAGGACAACUAACGGAACGGCCUCUGCCUCAUUUCUCUGAUCACAUCAAAUAGUCUUGUGGGGGAGAAUGAGUAGAAAUGCUCCUACUUCUGUAAAAGCUGUUUCUCUAAAAUAGGUCUCUAGAAAUGUGAGAAGAUUCACAUUGAGAAAGAGUGAGAAAUGUCUUCAUUCUAGGAAGACCAUUAGCAAUAGAUAAAGGGUGCGCAGGCACGUGUGGGGAUGAGGUAUGCGUCUUGGGCAGGCACUGCGGAAAUGUGCUUCAGUGAACGGAAACUUUUGUGAAGAUGAAAUACUUUAUGUAAAACAAAAAGCACUGAAAUAGAGAAAAUGUAAUUCUGCUCUUUUUUGUGAAAUUACUAUAUAUCAGAAAACUGUAUCAAUGCCUAAUGUGUGAAAAGCAACUUGGAAUAAAUAUUCACCAUAUACAGUGGUGAUUACAUUAAAAA